GUUUCAAUUUGCAUUCAGAUUCUGUAAAUUCUUUCUCUGGAGAUAUAGUAUUUUCCAUCAUAAGAUUUUUGAAAUUGUCUUGGAUUCUACAUGUGUGUGCCUUUUCUCCAGUUGUAAUGCAUGUCUCAUGGAAUUGUGAUAUUGUUUUGGUUAACAGGGUUAGGAUGUGAUGAGAAAAAGUGACUCAGACUGGCCAGAUGCAGGGUUGCUUUCCAAUAUGGGACCCCUUUAUGUCCCAGCUGUAUUAGAUCUCUGGUUUGGGGGUUUUCAUCUUAGACUCCUAUCUCUUUCAGCUGAAUGCCAUAUCACAAGAGAAAUCAAGUUGUCCAUGUUUAAGGGGUAAAAGAUAAGGCCUUUUAUUUUUAAAAGGGUAUUCCAGGUGAUGCAAAUUCGAAUGUCCAGUCUGGCUAUUUUGGUUGGAUGUUAAUGGUUUUCUUAGUGAGGAUAGGAUUGGGCUACUGCAUUACAGAUUUUGGUUGUUGCUAGCUGGAAGACUUGGUCAAAUAGAGUUCUGGCUCUCUUUAUAGGUAUUGUUGACCUGAGUAAUGGUCAAAGAAGACUUGGGUGAGCCCAAAUCUGUGUGGUCCAGCCAAGGUACAGUAAAAGAUGGCUCACCUGAUAUUUUUACUUAUCCAAACAAAAAAAAAUUAAUAAAUAGAAAGUAUAAAUUGCAAAUAUAAAAUUUUAGGCAUCGUUGUUGUUGCGUGUAUGUGUGUUCCCUAUGGGUAAUAAAGCCCAAGAUGACUUUAUCCCCACUCCCAAGAGUACUGCCAUGGGCCAAAUGGUACAACUACAUGAUUUUCAAAACCUGCAGGUAUCUGGAAAAAAGUUAAAAUAUCUAGAAUUCCAGUCAAAUGCACAUCUUAAACUUCAUUUGUAGAUAUAUAACCUAGGCAAAGAUGAAAACUUUCAGUGCUGUUAAGAGAGUCCUUGGAAUGGUAAUUGCCCUCUGUGUCAUAGGUUAAAGAAUAGAGAGAAAAUUUCUCUUUUUCUUUUUCCCUCUCCCUCCAUCCCUUUCUGACUGUGCAUACUAAAGGAACAGGAGAGAAGCAGAGGUGGAAAAACAGUAAGGCAAAAAUUAUUUGGGAUAUAAUUGAUAAAAGAAGUGUCAGGUCAGAAUAUGCAAGAAGAAGAUACAAUUUUAAUAAUUUCUUAGUAUAUAUAUAUAUAUAUAUAUAUAUAUAUAUAUAUAUAUGCAAUAGAAAACAUGGCUUCUCUGAUGAUACAUAGCAAGGAAGGCAAAACUAACAUGCCGUACCAGUAUGUUUGUGUUUCCUAUGUUUGUGUCUCUCAAAAGUCUGUAAUUAUCUUCCUGGAGUUUGUUUAUAAGGGAAAACUUUGUAAGCAAAGCUGUGUCUUGUUAGGCUAGGUUUUUAGAAAGAUUCUGUUCUCUUCCUUUAUUUUUCUGAAUGAGUUCUUUCCACUACCCUCUACAGUUAUACAGCUGUGAAAGGGAGAUCUUAAUAAGUCAUUGUGUUUAACAACAAUAUAGGCUAAAAUUAUAAAAGAAAUACAGUGGAGUGAAUAUAGUUUGGAAUAUGGAUGAAAUGUAGUAUUUGAGUAAGGAAGAGUUGUAUAAUCAAAAUAAUUGGUUUGGAAGAUUUGGAAAGACAAAUAAAGGCUAGUAAGAAAAUAUGAAAGGUAGAUAAGAAAAUUGGGGAACAAAUUCUGUCCUGGGUUCCGAGUGCUCUUGUGUCAGCUUCAGAAGGAUUAAGCAUCUUGAACAUGUUUGAUUGUGUUGAAAGAAAAGAGUUGAAAAAGUUAAGUGGGAAAGUUGUGUUUCAUGUGUUUAUCUUAUUGAAAACUAUAAUAACAAAAAGUUGAUGUUUGUUUCUCUAUUAACUUCCAAAUCAAUUAUAAAAAAAUGGGAAUAAAAUUAUAAGUAGUGGGUUCUUUCUGAGAUUAUAGAAUCUAGAUUUGAACUAAAUUAAAAUGUGCCCUUAAGUAUGAUAAUUGGGGUAGAUUAAGAUCUAAUGUCACACUGCCUCUUUUACAAUCUUUAGCAGUGGAUUGGCUGGAAAUAGUGGAACCCAUAAUAUGAAAUGUUUAGAAUAAAUACAUUGUGCAAAAUACAGUAUUACAUAAAUUAUGAAUUGAGGCUCAUUACCAUUUGGAAAAUAGAUUUAGUUAUAAUCAAAUUUAUUCUGGCCUUAUUUUAAGUGAAAUAUGUCUCUUCUAAUAUGUUUAUGAUGCAUCAGAAUUUAUUAUGCCAUUUGACAUUAAGAGUAAUGGGGAAAAUGCAUGGAUCUGAAAUUUUAGCUAAUUUAGGUGACUGUAAGAAUUAACUCAAGAACUGUCCAUACAUAUGUUUUGAAAAAUAAAAAGCUUUAAUAAAAAAAAUCAAAGAAAAAAAAUUCCUUGAGGUCAGGGAUUAUUUGACUUUGUUAUUCUCCAGGCAAGCAUAAUGCCUCUACCUAAUAGAUAUUUAAUAAAUGCUUAUUGAUUGGUUAAAAAAAAUUCUUCUGCUAUCCAUAAAAAAAAGAAAGUUAACUCAGUUUAUUAAUCUGUAAGGGGAUAAUAACAGCACCUAUCUCCCAGAGUUGUGAGGAUCACAUGAUUAUAAAACACUUACCACAAUGCCUACCAUAGCUCAAGCACUACAUGAAUGCUACUUAUUGUUAUUUCUUUAGUUAAAUGUAAUUGCUUGAUACAUGAUACUUAUUACAGAAUGUGAUUGGAAUACAGUACCAAUGAGGAUAAAAAAUUAUUUUCUGUGGAAGGUAAUUAGGAAAUGCAUUUAACUGAAUUCAGAUCACUGUUAAUGGGUGUGUUUCAAGUCUCAAAUACAUACUAUUGUUUAUGGCAUUUUAUGCUUGUAAAUUUUCUUAUAUUGUGAAGUUGUUAACCUGAUGUAUCGAUUAUGCUGUUAGAAGAACAACUUUUCAUGAUUUGGAUGUUGUCAACUGGAUUGGAACUGGCCUCUAAUCUGUGGGUGGCUAAAGCCACACAAAACAGGCUGGAGACGGGAGAAUCAGGACACAAACAGAAGUUUAAUUAAUUUUAGAUUGAAAAAAAAUGCUACCUGCAGGUGAAAGUCCACCUCCUAAAAGAAAGGCUUAACCCGGAUAAUGCUGGAACCACUUAUAGGAAAGGGGUGGGCCUACAACAGAAGCAUUCUUAGAUCUGGAAUCUCCAGAUAGUCCUCGAAGCUGGCCUUUCUUGGAAAUAUACAGGUGUUCUUGGGUCCUCUGUAAAUAUUCAUUGUCUCAAGCUUUAGGGGAUCAUGGCCAACCUACAGGGUAUAGAACCACAGUCAUGUGACAGGGGCAAGAGGGCAGUACCUAUCAAUAACAAGGAAUAGGAAUUGUGAACAUGCGAUGGACGGCCAUGGGAAAUAAGGGGAGCUACCUCAGUGAACACCUGAUGUGGUCCAAGCAAAACAUUUUGCCAAAGAUGAUAUCAUCCUGAGCUUAAAGAAUUAUUGUUACACCAAGCCCGGGUCACAGCCUGCUUGCUAGGCCUUAGCUUUGGAAAACAGAUUAUGGCCAAAACAUUUUGACAAUGUUUUUAGAAUAUAAAUUGAACAACUAAGAGAAGGUGAAAAAAAUUGUUUGAAAACUGUUAUUUUUUAUCAGUCCUGCUAAUGCUGUUUUAUAAUGUUUGGUAAUGCAAUUUACAAAACUGGGCAUUUCCAUCUUUGCCUAUUGUUCAAAGGAAGUUACAACUAAUAGCAUUUGGUGAUCGCUUUUGAAAGUUGUAAGAAUGUCAUUUGGGAUUAUGUUAUAAUGUUAAACCCUAGCAAGUAUUUUCAUAGGUACUUUAAAAGGGAAAUUUUCUCAUUGAUUAAUGUGUGAGAAACAACAAAGAAAAGACCUUGUAGACUCUUCUUAUAUUGUAAACUUGACAGAUUCUUGGAAACCAUCUAUGUAUGGAAGGUUGUCAGCUCUGUAAAAAGAACUUGUUGUGGGUUAUGGAAUGCCUAAAAAAUGAAAUUGUCUUACUUAGAAUUUACAAGUUUGUGUAUAAUAUAGAAGUGAUUUCUAAUCAUCAAUCCUUAUUACCAGGAUGUGUCUAAAUUCAAGAAGAAGAAGAAAAAAAGAAAAAAGAAGUGAAGACUGUUAAGUGAAAUCUCUCACGUAUGUGUAAAUCCUGGUAAAUUUUUAUUGAUUAUUGCAACUUCAUGAGCAUAAAAAACAACUGUGUAGCCCUAAUCUGUGAUUAGUAAGACUUGUCAUUUGAGAUAAAAAGCUUUUGGGACUAUAACUGAUACUGUUUUGAGUUUUGAAUUCAGGUAUAAUUGUCUGAUGGAUCAUUAAAUCAGUAAUCCACCAUUUGAAAGAAAUGCCACAAACUACUCAGGGAGUGUAACCCUGAACUGUUAAAGGUGGAGGUGUGUAUCUGGGAAAAAGCCAUGAAGACAAGCUUGCCUAGCCUAAGUUUCUCCCUCCAGAGCCCAGUGAACAAACAUCACAACCUUGGCUCUUCAAAUCAUGAGUUCCUACUCUGCCCUGAUGGCCACUGGCAGCACUGUCCACAGCCCGAAGUACCGGGUUCUAGUCCGGGUGUCUGAGAACUGCCCUAGAAUGGAGAGGAAGCUGCAAAAGUAUUUCCAGAACCCAUGGAGAUCCGGAGGAGGCAAGUGCAAAGUCAAACUUGGUCCUACAGAAGGCACUUUCUGGGUAGAGUUUUACAAAAAACAAGCCAAGGAAGGAGUGAUAGCAAAAAGAGAUCACUCUGUGGUUGUCAAUGAUACAUCACACGUGGAUGUCUUCAUAGAAUCAAGCGAAAACCCAGAAGAGAACAACACUUUGGAGAUAAGUCAGCCUGCCCCUCAGACUCAGCCACUCCCAGAUGAAGUUCCAUGUGAGAAGCACCCAGAAGAAGAAGGUGCUGCUGCGAGCUCCUCUAAUUCCUUCAUUCAAAAGGUAUUUCUUUAUGUGGAGGCCCAGCUGAACUUCAAGCUUUCUACAGAGCAAAGAGAGAGAAUCAUUAACCUCUGCCCAAAUGUCAAAAUAGAGAGAGGACAAGAUGGAAUCGAGAAAGUGAUUGGUGACUACCAAGAUAUUGAAAAAAUUUAUCAAUUCUUAAAUGAGAAGAUCCUGGGAAAUGACGAGAAAGAAGAUUUUUCCUUCUCGGCCUCGGCAAGAGAAGUCGAGCACAUUAUGUCAGAUGACAGUGAUGAUCCUAUCCUUCAAUCAAACCCCACACAGACAGCAGAAGAGUCAGACCUUAUUACAGUUCCUUCGCAUCUGUAUGAAUAUUUUAAAUAUUUCUUUGCCGAAACUCUAGACAGGAUAGAAAGUGAGCAUCAAGUACGUAUCAACAGUACUCUGGUGUAUCCUACAGGCAAUGUGUGCUUAGAAUUUGAGCCAGCUAAGUCAGGGGACAGGAAGGGAGCUCAAGAAGCUUUUACCAGAGCAUUUCAGAGGGAAAUGCAGAAUGUGUCCCGUCAGGAUGUUCAUUUCACAGAUAGUAAGCUGGCAUUUGAUGUCCAAAAAACACUGACUGACAUGUUUCAAAACCUCCACGUUAAAGCAGAAGGCAAAGUCUUAAUGCUCUGGGGAAAUCCACAAGAUAUCUUAGGAGCUCAACAUUUCAUUGAAGCAAACUUCUCCCGCACACAACCUGAGGAAAUGAUGGCUUCCCAGAACAUGAUGAGGAAUGGAAUUGAGGUUGAUACCGCUCAUUGGCGUCUUCUGUGUCAAGAACUCGCAGAAAUAGAGAAAACAUAUGACACUGCAAUGGAAUUGGUGAACAAUCCCCAAACUCAGAAAACCUUCAUUGUAUUUAAACCAAAAGACAAAGGCUUAGACCUCUCUGCACAUGCUUAUGAAGAUUUCCUUGAUGUCUUUCAGAUGCUUUCAUCUCAGAUUGUCAAAGAAGUAGUGGACCUGAAGUCAUUCAACCAAGAGAGAAAAUUUUGGCCUGAAAAGGCAUUCUUUGAAGACUUUGAAAGAAAGCACCCCCAUGUAAACUUGGAGUGGAAUGGACAAGAACUGACAUUGGCUGGCUUGCCCAAGUACCUUGCAGAAGCAGUGAAAUAUAUUAAAAGAUAUUUUGGUAUUGAAGAUCCUGCCCCGCAGAGAGGGCUAGGUUUUUCCUUUGGAGGGAAUUGGAAUAGAUUCUCCAAGUCCCCCUUGGACAACAUUGUUGAUGAUUUCAGAAUGGCUUUACCUGACAUCGAGGGAUUGCCUAGCUAUGGGGACUUAGGGAGAGAGGAGAAGGAGAGAGAAGAGGAAGAGGAAGAAGACGAAGAAGAGGAGGAGGAAGAAGAGGAGGAGGAGGAAUGUGUCAUCUGUAUGGAAGUCAUUCAUUACAAAGAAGUCCUCCCAAAGUGCAAGCAUGCGUUCUGUGGCCCUUGUAUCCGAGAGGCCAUGAAACAUAAGCCAGUGUGCCCUGUCUGCCAGACCUCCUAUGGCAUUCUGAAAGGAAAUCAGCCAGAUGGAACAAUGACAACGUCCUACAGGACAUCUUCGCUUCCAGGUUACAAUUCCUAUGGCACUAUCGUGAUUCAUUAUGACAUGCGGGGAGGCAUCCAGACAGAAGAGCAUCCCAACCCAGGAAAACGCUAUGAAGGAACAAGACGGGUGGCGUACUUGCCCAAUAAUGAAGAAGGACGGCAGGUCUUACAUCUCCUCAGAAGAGCUUUUGACCAAAGGCUGAUUUUCACAGUGGGACAGUCUCGCACAUCUGGAGUCAAGGAUGUGAUCACCUGGAAUGAUAUUCACCACAAAACUCUACAAUUCGGUGGGCCGGAAAACUUUGGUUACCCCGAUCCCAGCUAUCUGCAACGAGUCAAACUGGAACUGAAGGCAAAAGGAAUCGAGUAAGAAUGCUGACUUCAAGGAUGCCUAGAAAGCUGAGCUUACAAAAGCUGUAGCUAUGGAUAAGAAUCAAAACAGUCAUUUAAAUAUGUGUGUGUGUGAAUCAGAAAAAUAAGAGAAUUUAAGAAAAAAUUAAUUUGCUUCAGAGCAAGUAAAAAGAACUGAUACCUGCUAGCUUGUCUAAUUUCUUGGAGUAUUUGGUUUUUUUUCCUUUUUCUUAAACUGAGAGCCCAGUAGAAAUGUCCAAAUUGUCUUAGUGAGAACCCAAAGUGUAACUACUCCAUGCUUUGCUGCUUGUCUUCAUUUUGCCAUUACCAGGGAUAUGGAAGUUAAGGAAUCUUCUAUUGCACCCUUUGCAGGAGGUGAUGACUGACUCUCAAGUGCAUUCACAUUAUUUAUGCUAAACUGUUGGUGGCCUCGGGAUUCCCCAGAGUUUGCUCCCAUCUAACUGGAAUGGUAGCCAGGAACAUUAAAAAGACUGGAAGACAUCUUGAAGAAAAUUGGUCUCUAAAUACUUAUGAAGUAUCUGUCCCUGGAGCUCUGGCAAAUUUAAUGUAAAUCAAGGAGUGGGGAACGAUAUUUUCAUAUCCAAUAAAGUCCAGUGACAUCCAAUUAGAAACUUCCAUUUGUCAUUCAGAGUUCCUUAGAAGCUUUCUCCUUCCUUUAUUCUACCACUAUGGACUCUGAUUCUGUCAUGCAGGCCUCUGAUUUUCCUUGCAAAAGAAACUCCAUCUCUCUGGAUUGUACAGCUUUACUGAAUAUUCUUGGACUUGCCUUCCUUAAUUCCACCUACUGCAUUUCCUGACUUCUUUCAUGCCCUACCUAAAAUCCCAUCUUCUACAUGAAGCCUCUGCCAAACCUUACUAGUGACUUUCCUCUGUGGAUUCUCUCCAAAUUGGUCUAUAUAUAGCUUGUUUAUGCAUAGUUGUUUGCAUAGUGUCUUUCCCCUUAGAAUAUGAGCUGUUUGAGAGCAGAGACUGUCUUUUGUCUUUCUGUUGUAUCCCUAGAACUUAGUAUAGUGCCUAGCAUUUAGUAGGAAUUUGUUAAAUACUAGUUAACUAUGUGCAGACUCAUUAACUUGACUGAGAAUCAGAAUCUCCAGAUUAAUUGGCAUUGACUUUUGUGAUGCCCUGGUUCUCUUAUUCUUUUGGGGGGUCCACCUAGUGGCAAUUCCUCUAUUUGUUUGCCCUUAGUGAAAACACAUCCAUACCCAAAUAUUUUCUGAUGUAUAUCCUCUAAAAAAUUAUCUACUCAAUUUGCCAUUAUCAUAGAUACCCCCUCACAAGUGUAGUGUUAGGGCAAUAGAUAAAAUGCCCAUUCAUCUCUGUGUAAAUGCAGCUUUUGUAUUUGCUACAAAAACUAAGCAAAAAUAUUAGGAGCUUACAUAUUGACUCCUUUAGCAUUGCUUGAGAAAUGAAAUAGAACUCAUGGUUGAGAGAGGUUCCUUUCCCAUUGACAAAUAAUUAUUGGUGACAAUGCAACACCUUAUUGCCAUAGAGCAACUAUUGUUCAAAUGAUCUUGAGUUGGAGGUUCUCUAAAUAAUUUAAUCAUCUAAAUCUGACUCUAUGCUUAUGUUAGGAGAGGCAUGUUAGGGAGGUUAAUGACUGUGUCAGAUGCUUCUAAUAAAGUCAAAACUGUCUUGUGAUCAGAAAAAAAGUUAUGAUUGUAAAGAAUUUAUUAACUAUUUCUGUGUUUUUCCAUUUGUUGGCGAUAUUUCUGUGCCCUAAAGUGACGUGGUCAAUUUUUGCAAAAGUUCCAUGUGCUACUGUGAAAUAUGUAUAUUCUUUUGCACUCGCAUUUAGAAUAUACCAGAUGUCUUUCUGAUAUAUAUUCUCCAAUUUGUUCAGUUCCUUGUUUUGUUUUUGUUUAUUAUUCUAUUAAAAUCAUUCCAAACU